UAAAUGGUGUGUAUGUUUGGUCAAUUUAGACUUUUGAACUUUUGUUCAAAUCCCUUCACUUGAUUUAAGCCAUUUAACGUUUCUUUAUGUCUUAAUCUAUGUGGUUUUUAUUGGAAAAUAUUUUCAACCUCGCUUUGUAGGAGCAAUGACGGGUUUGCGGACGGUAGUAGCCACCAACAACUCAUAUCAGGAAAUGUGACUCAAACCUGUGUGAGUUGCGCACAGUAUAGGAAAUACCUUGGGCGUCACAUUUUGUCUCCACUUUUCCAGGAAUCCGAAAAGCACAAAUUAGGGCCGCAGAACAGAAAGGACUUCUAUAGGUGCAGGCCUCCGAUUUUACGCUUGGGCCAACUGCUUUGUAAGCGCGUCAGAGAUGCGGGCCAUCUCUAAGAAAGGUUUGGUCCUGGUCAUGAUCAGUGGUUUUCUGCUACUGAGCCUAAUUUACCUGUGGUUCCCGGUCAAGAAACAAAGCGUGGAUAUCGGUCUGACCCAGAGAGGCCACAUAGAGAAGCUACUGAUGGAGAAGAAUAAGGACACCUUAAGCUCUUAUCACGACGUCCCCUACGUUUUAAAAGAGUCUGUGUCACGUCAGUUGGCGUACGGUACGUGUGAAUGCCGAGGUGAUGAGAAUAAAAUCAACCUGCCAUUACCACGUAUCCUGUUCCCUAGAGUGUGGGCAAACAAUCUCAACCAUGCAUACCUUGAGUCCGACCCUGACCCAGGGGGGGUGAUAGGACGCAGGGACAAGGAGUACAGUGCCUUCCAGAGAAGGUCCUACUCUCCAGCAGACCUUCUCAUCGUAGCGGAGGCCAACAGUCCACUUCAAUACCCCACCCAGGGAGUGGAGGUGAGGCCCAUGAAGACCAUCAUUAUUCCUGGGUUGGGUCUCAAACAAGAUCCAAGACCUACACAUACGGUGAGCCUGAGUGUGACGAUGGGGACACUGGACGUGGCUGCCACCGUUGUCGGCGUGUCCAUCUCAGGAGCAGGCCAGAACACCAUGGGGCUGUCCAGCUCUGUUCUGUCCCAACUCAACAGGCAGCUGCAGUUUGUCACCUACACCAACACCCUCUUCCACCCCAAGACGGCCGACACAGUUCUGUAUGGUAGUGGAGGGCACAAGGCAGCUUUCACCAUUAAAGUGGGUCAUAGGGCCAUCCCUAAACUUUUCAACUCGGGUACAAAUGAAGGAUACAACAUAAGCGCCCUCGUUACCAUAGCAACCAAGACCUUCCUACGUUAUGAUAAACUUCGAGAUAUGAUCAACAGCGUACGGAAGUACUACCCGACCGUCUUGAUAGUGAUCGCUGACGACAACGAGCAUCCUCAACCGGUGACCGGGCCUCACAUCGACCGAUACAUCAUGCCCUUCGGAAAGGGUUGGUUUGCGGGGAGAAACCUGGCCGUCUCGCAGGUGACCACCAAGUAUGUGCUGUGGGUCGACGAUGACUUCUUGUUCACCGAAAGCACUAAGCUUGAGAAGAUGGUGGACAUCCUGGAGAAGACCACAUUAGACCUGGUAGGGGGUGCGGUAACAGAGGUGACUGGUUACUCUGCGACCUACCAGCACACCUUUUCUGUGGAUGAGGGGGGCUCUGAGGGGGACUGCCUCCACAUCAGACAGGGCCAUUACCACUCCAUACAGGGGUUCCCCAGCUGCGUGGUGGCCGACGCCGUCAUCAACUUUUUUAUGGCGAGGACGGACAAGAUACUUAGGGUUGGGUUCAACCCCCAGCUCUCACGGCGUGGCCACUUAGAGUUCUUUGUGGACGCGCUGGGAUCCCUCCAUGUGGGCUCCUGCAGCGACGUGAAGAUAGGCCACGCGUCGAAGAUCGUCCUUCCCUGGAGCAAGUCAGAGUCUGCGAAGAGCUACGACAGGUUCCGUUACUCCUUCACGAACAGCGAAGGAAGGAUGCAGACUGAGGUGUAUUACUUUAAGAACAGGUUGAAGUGCAUGAGCAGUAACUGACACAUGCCUCAAUGUUGUGGCACUGCCAACUAGGAGUAAAAAAAUGACCGGGGUUGUUUGGUGUUUGGAAGCGGAACACAGAUUACCUAUGAGCUCAACUCAAGAGAUUUCUAAGAAUGCUUUCUUUCUACUUUCUCUAAGAAUUAUUUUCACCAUAAAUCGAGGACCAGAGCCUUUUCCUAUUUUUCUACGCGAUGAAUAUGCUUCUGGUUACUCAGGGAUAUGUUUUUUUUUUAAAUGCUUAAUAUGACUACUGUUGCACUAUUUAUAUAAUGUUUGAUUAAACAAAUUAGUGUUUGUCGAUUCAGUAUAUCUUUGUUCCUUAUCUGGUUUCUGUGUACAUAAACACACUGUCAACCACCAA